AUGCCUGCAUUCAGGGGCUCCCGCGUGCGCCGUCUGGCGGCGGAUAUAUCUACCACCGUCUCGUCUCACAAAAAGAUCGGAAUCCUAGCAGCGGGUUCUGCUCCCAUGUGGGUCGCUCUCGACGAUGCUUUCCAGUUUCCGGAAACGCCGCCAGCACGGCCCAUCCCGGCGGGGAGGAAGGUCCGCGGCUGGAAAUUGAUAUUAACACCAUCGGGCGCCUCUCCGCUGGCGGCUCCAAACCCUAUCGAGCAAAAACGCGGCAGUCCUAUGUUACACUAGAGUGUGCGUAAACGAACGCCUUGAUCCUGAGAGGGAUAGGCUGGGUAGGCGUUGGGCGCCUUACCGUCGUACCCGGCGGUGCCGUUGACACCAUAAAGUGUGGCCGCCCAGGCUGCCGACAGGAAAUCACAAGAUUACCAUAUAUAUGCUAUACUG